AUGCAGUGGUGGAAGGCGAUCCUGCUAGUGCUAGGGCUUGCUGCCCUGUUUAGUCUGGGCAUCAUCCUGGGACACUUCGCCAUUCCCAAGGCUGACCAGCCUGAAGCAACUGUCCCUAUCAGCCCCAUCCAGGACCUGGACCAGGAAAUGCUAGAGACGGUGAUGGGUCAACUGGCUGCCAGCAGGAUCCAGGAGAACCUCAGGGAGCUGUCCUUGAAACCCCAUCUGGCCACCACCUUGAGGGAUGACUAUCUGGUUCAGCUCCUUCUGCAGAGGUGGCAGAGCCCCGAUUCGGGGCUGGAUGCUGCCGGGCAGGGGGUCUACGAGGUGCUGCUGUCCUUCCCUAGCCAAGAGCAGCCCAACACUGUGCGAGUGGUGAGCCCUGGGGGAGCCACUCUCUUCUCUGCCCAGCAGAGCGAGGCGAACCUUACUGGGGAGCAGGGAGACCCAGAAGUGGUGCAGCCCUAUGCUGCUUAUGCCCCAGCAGGAACCCCUCAGGGUCCCCUGGUCUACGCCAACAGAGGCACAGAGAGUGAUUACGCCUACUUGAAGGAGCAGGGCAUCGACCUCAAUGGCACCAUAGCCCUGACCCGAUAUGGUGGGGUGGGGCGAGGAGCCAAGGCUGUGAAUGGAGCCAAGCAUGGGGUGGCUGGGCUUCUGGUCUACACUGACCCCAGGGACAUCAAUGACAACCUGAGAUUCCCUAAUGAGACUUUUCCCAACUCCUGGGCCCUGCCUCCUUCGGGAGUGGAGCGUGGUUCCUAUUUCGAGUACUUUGGGGACCCCCUAACACCCUACUUUCCUGCUACCCCUUCUGCCUUCCGCCUGGAGAGUGACAACAUUCAGGGCUUUCCCCCAAUUCCCACCCAACCUAUUGGCUUUGAGGAUGCUCAGGUGCUCCUCUGUAACCUCGGUGGGUCUAUCGCUCCCGAUUCCUGGCAGGGAGCCCUGGGAUGUGACUAUAGGCUGGGAUCAGUUUUCCUGGACAACGGGACUUUUCCCCGGGACAGUCUGGUGAAUGUCACUGUUCACAACCGGCUAGAGCUUAGGAAUUCCUCCAAUGUCCUGGGCAUCAUCCGGGGAGCUGUGGAGCCUGACCGCUACAUUCUGUACGGGAACCACCGGGACAGCUGGGUCCAUGGGGCCGUGGACCCCAGCAGCGGCACCGCUGUGCUCUUGGAGAUCACCAGAGUGUUGGGGACCCUAGUGAAGAAGGGAAUGUGGAGACCCCGCCGGUCAAUCGUAUUUGCAAGCUGGGGGGCUGAAGAGUUUGGCCUCAUUGGCUCCACUGAAUUCACAGAAGAGUUCUUCACCAAGCUGCAGGAGCGUGCGGUGACUUAUAUCAAUGUGGACAUCGCUGUGUUUGCUAAUGCUACCCUGAGGGUACAAGGGACACCCCCUGUCCAGAGUGUUGUCUUCUCUGCAGCCAAACAGGUCUCGGCACCGGGAAAGAGCAACCUGACAGUUUAUGACAAUUGGCUCCAGUACAGCAACCGAAGCAGCCCUGCUCAUGGCCUCAUACCCAGACUGGGCUCCCUGGGCGCCGGGAGUGACUACGCUGCCUUUGUCCACUUCUUGGGAAUCACCUCCAUGGACAUUGCCUACACCUAUGACCGGACCAAGACUUCGGCCCGGAUCUACCCCACCUACCACACUGCCUUCGACACCUUUCAGUAUGUGGAGAAGUUUCUGGACCCUGGCUUCACCAGCCACCACGCAGUGGCCCAGACUGUUUCUAACAUCCUGCUGCGUCUCAGCGACAGCCUCUUGUUGCCCUUCAACGUCAGUGACUACAGUGAGACCCUUUGGAGCUUCCUCCAGGCUGCUCAGGACAGCCUGGGGCCCGGGCUAGAACAGCAAGGCAUCAGUCUGGGGCCUCUGGUCUCAGCUGUGGAGAGGUUUGACAGGGCAGCAGUUGCCCUGGAUGGGCACAUCCAAACCCUCAAGAACACGUCUGACCCCCUGAAGGUGCGGAUGGUGAAUGACCAACUCAUGCUUGUGGAAAGAGCCUUCCUGAACACCUGGGCCUUCCCCGAAGAAUACUAUUACAGUCACGUGCUCUGGGGCCCUCGAACGAGCCAAGUGGUGACGUUCCCCGGCCUGGCCGAUGCCUAUGACGAGGCCUUGGGGACGCCAAAUGACCCCAGCGCCUGGGCCAAGGUCAGGAAACAACUCAGCAUUGCUGUGAUGGCUGUGGAGGGGGCAGCGGCCACUCUGGAGCCUGUGGACGCCUUCUGACCCACCCCCCAUGUCUGUGACUGUUUCCCUCUGGCAACCUGAUUGUGCGAAAGAGCUUGGGAACCUUAAAAGCUGCAGAAAUGUC